AAUAAAACAAAAAAUAUCUGUAGGUUGCUUUGAUUAGCAACCGUACGAUUACCCUAUCGAUCAUCAUCUCAUCAUCUAUUCAAUCUCUCCCAAGUUACAGGGAACCGAAGAAAGAAAGAAAGAAAGAAACAUCUCAAAACCAAAACCAACACAGCGUAGAAAUCAAAGCAAAUAAAAAUGCGGGCAUUAUCACUAUCAUCCAACACCACUUUACUACGCCAAGCUCUUCCAAUUCUGGUUCGACCUAUUCUCUUUCGAACCACUUCUCCUCCUAAUCAUAUCUCCUUCCUCAGAUCCACUUCACAAACUACUAAUACUCUCUUUCGCGCUAAACAUGAUGAUGAUAGAUUAAUAUUCAGUCUUGGUACUCUUCGUAAGUUUAGUUCACGCGCCACUAAUGUUAAUGAUGCUGGUUCUAUUGACUUGCCUCUCAUUCAGUCUAUGCAGAUUAAGAUAAAGGAACAACUCAAUGCAGAAUCGGUCUCUGUAAAGGAUGCUUAUGGUGAUGGACGGCAUGUUAGCAUUGAUGUUGUAUCUACAGCCUUUGAGGGACAAUCAGCCGUGAAUAGGCAAAGGAUGGUCUAUAAAGCCAUAUGGGAGGAGCUUCAGAGUGCAGUUCAUGCAGUUGAUCAGAUGACGACCAAAACUCCUGAUGAAGCUGCUGGGAAAUGAUAUAAGAUCAUGAGAAGAACUAGGAGUGAUUGUGCUCUUAAUAGAUUUUUGUACCGCUUUUGUCUUGGAAUCAAUCCUAAUUUUAAACUACCAUUGCAUUGUUUUCACAUGCAAGACAUUAGUUUUCCAAUUCACUCUGCAAGUUGCUAAAUUCAUUAAUUUGCCAAACAAUACACUUGACAAAUUUAAUUUGUCAAACAUUAUACAGCAAUACUCUGGUUUAUUUAUUAUUUUCUAUGCACUGUUUAUUUUCUCCA